GCAACGUCAAGCAACACACUAAAGCUUCAUUUCAAUUCUAUUUCGAAGAGCACCCAUUCAGAUCGGAUAUGGAAAACGACGACAUCACCGUGGCGGAGAUGAAGCCAAAGAAGCGUGCUGGACGGAAGAUUUUCAAGGAGACACGUCACCCAAUCUACAGAGGUGUGCGGCGUAGGAACGGCGACAAAUGGGUCUGCGAAGUCCGUGAACCGAUUCAUCAGCGCCGAGUUUGGCUCGGAACUUAUCCGACGGCGGAGAUGGCGGCACGUGCUCACGACGUGGCGGUUCUUGCUCUGCGCGGGAGAUCCGCGUGUUUGAAUUUUUCUGAUUCCGCUUGGCGGUUGCCGGUGCCGGAAUCAACUGAUCCAGACACGAUCCGGCGUACCGCGGCCGAAGCAGCGGAGAUGUUCAGGCCGCCGGAGUUUAGUACUGGAAUUACGGUUUUACCCUCAGCCAGUGAGUUUGACACGUCGGAUGAGGGAGUCGCCGGAAUGAUGAUGAGGCUCGCGGAGGAGCCGUUGAUGUCGCCGCCAAGAUCGUACAUUGAUAUGAAUACGAAUAUGUACGUGGGAGAAGAAAUGUAUUACGAAGACUUGUCACUUUGGAGUUACUAAAAUACGUGUUUUUAGAUACGUAUGUCAUGUGUAAUGUAUGUAUGUGUGGUAAGUAAGUUAGUAUUUUAUGAAAAAACCCAAAAAAAAAAAAAAAGGUUAGUAUUUAUGCCAUUUAUAAAAAACCAAAAUAAAAAGUUAGUAUUUAUGUUCGUGUGGUAAGUAAAGUUAGAUUUUCCGAA